AUGAGUUCUUUUUCUGGCAGUACAGGAAAUAAAUCCUCCUAUGAUGUCGUUUACGGAUCAAAAUUUAGUCCUCGAUACUCCAAAAGUCCCUCAAAGAGCUCAAAAAAAUCCUCAAAAGUCGCCGUAAAUCGCUCAACCACGGGAUCAACAACUCGAAUGUCCUUCUUCGGCACAGAAAAAAGUGAUGCAAAAACGCCCCAAUUGCAUAAACGACUCACAAAGGAAAAUAUUGAGAAACUUUUCUUGCAUUUUCGUGAAAAUGACGAAACCAAUAAGAAAAUGGAUCGUUGCGAAUUGCGAGAUACCUUUGAAAAGUUCAACAUUUACUACACAGAUGAUGAAUUUGAGAAUUUGUUCCUGAAAAUUAACACGGAUCGCGAUAAUUUGGUUGAUUGGAAUGAAGUUGUCUCGUACAUGUUGAUCGGAUUCGAAGAUGACUUUGGCGACAAAGCGAAUGAGUCGUUGGAUCCGCCGAUCAAGGAAAAACCUGUCGUUCGACGAACGCAACAAAGGCAUCACAUUGUGAGAAUUGACUUUUUGCCGACUGUGCUUCCGGGACAAAGUGUUAAUAUGAAGCAAGGGAUUUUUGUGUCGAUCGCUCUUGAUGGUGCCGUCAAUUUUUACGAUCUGGAUUGGGAGUUGCAGCGUGUUGGAAAGUCACCAAGUCCAACUCUCAAAUGGGCUCGAACGCAAGUAACUGACGGCAUAUGUCUCCCCGAUGUCCGUAUCAUUUGCAUUGCAUCCACUGAACGUGAUCUCCGUUUUUACGAAACAACAGCAAAUAGUUACUCCCUAAAAUUACAAAUAACUCAACUUCCUGAAGUCGUCAACACCCUUCAUUACUACUUCAACGUAAAAGAUCCCAAUUCUCGUCUUACCUUGGGCGAUAACAAAGGCUCCGUUCGUGUUCUGACAUUCGCAUCUGAAGGUCGUGGUCCCUUCAAGAAUCUCGGAGUACGAAGAAGUAUAAAAGCCUUCAAAGCCAAUGAAGGAGUUUCAUGUUUUUGUUACGAUGAAGCGUCAAAUAUAAUUGCAACAGGAGGUCCUGACUUCAUUGUUCGUUUAUGGUCGCCAUUUACACCGCAAAAGCCGUUUUGUGUCUUUUCGGGACAUAAUUCCGGGAUUUCCUUCAUUUUCCUGCAAGAUAACGCGAAAAAAUGUUAUUCCAUGGAUAAUGCAAAGAUCAUUAAAGUAUGGGAUGUUGAGGGACAAUUUUUACUUCAAACAUAUAUUUACCUCAUGCAAUGCUUUCCUGACAGAGGAAAGCUCCAUAUUCCGAUGAAAGCGUAUUAUAGCGACAUAAAAAGACAAAUGGUAGUCGCUUCAGGGAAUUUCGCGGUUAUGAGUUGUUGCCCUCUGCUGAGACUUGAUUUAACUGACGGCAAUACUCACACAAAACCUGUCUCAAUUGUGCUUUAUAAUCGUUUAUUUGACGUCAUCAUCACCUGUGGCUUCGAUUCUUUCAUCAUUGUAUGGGAUUCUAACACCGGCUCUCGGCUAAAUCUCAUUAAAAUGGCACAUUCGAGAAUUUUGCACGGCGAAAAUAUGCGAGUUGAGAUCACAGCUGCUUGUUUCGACCCAAAAGAUCAACUUUUACUCACAGGAGCUAAUGAUGGCACUUUAAAAGUUUGGAAUUUUAACAACGGAUUUUGCGUCAGGCACAUGUCAAUAAGCUCCGGAGCCGAAGUUACCGCAGUAUUUUGGGUGACAGAUCGAAUUUUAGCUGUUGGAUGGGAUCGUCGCGUCACGGAAUUCGCUGAAGUUGGCAUCGAAACGGAAUAUCCCUUAGGUAAACAAUGGGACAUCCAGCAUAGCGAUGAUAUCUUAUGUGCUGCAAUUUCCUGCCAUAAAGUUCUCGUAACGGCAAGUUAUAAUGGUGACAUUGUCUUUUGGCGAUCGGAAACGGGACAACCUUUUAAAAAAUUCAACAUUGAAGAACCAACAACGUCAAUUCGCAUUCAGUAUGGCGGCAUGAAAAAAGUUGAAACGGAACAACGAGAAGAAAAAUCAGAAUUAUAUAAAAUGACACAUCGAUUGAGUUACUUACCGCAAUAUAUGAAAAUUCAACAACAGGGAUCCUUAUUGUCGGGCCUCGGAAUGAAGCAUCGCAAAAUUUCAGUCAUCACUUUACCAACUUUAGCGAGCCAAGUUCGUCAAAUGUCCGUUCAAGCGAUGGUUUUUCUCGAAUCUCGUCCUUUUGAACCGAAUUACGGGACUUUAUUAACGUCUCUUGACAAUGGAAAAGUGCUUGUUUGGAAUCACACGAAAUUCGGAGGGUACUUGAAACAAUUUAACGCGAUUCAUAUGGCUGGCGACAGUGUUAGUUACAUGUCAACUGGCGAAAAUGACACAUAUCUCUUCACGGGAACAGUUCGUGGUUACAUCAAAACAUGGCUCUUAACCAAUUAUUGCGUUCCAUCGGAGUCACAUGUGCAUAUCUCGAUGCCGCAGUUACGACUGCAAUUCCCGUUUCUAAUUAAAACGGCAUUUUUGGGACGUGCAAAGAGAUCCGCGAAAACGCAAAAAUUGCCAAUGUUAGUGAACUCGUACAAGGCACACACGAAACCUAUUAUGAACAUAACUUACAUUGAGAGACGGAAAAUUUUACUUACCUCAAGCAGUGAUUGUUCCGUGCGUUUGUGGACAUUAGGGGGACAAUAUUUGGGAACACUCGGAAGUCCAAUUCCAAUUGCGGAAGUAAAAACUGGUUCAUUUUUCCAUAAAAAUUUUAGAAUUCCUCCAGAUAUUAAACGAGAAGCCAGUUUUACGACACUUCAGGUACUCACAGAUGGCGAAACGCAUCCGGUAUUUAGAAAAGCGAUUGAAUUGGUUGAAGAAACGGAAGAUACUCCAGAGCAAAAGGAACGGAGAAGAUGUAUUUAUGGAAAAAGCUUGAAAGAACCGAUUUUGGGGAAACAUUUUUCGUUGCCAAAAGCGCCGUCGGUUCAAAGUGCACCGCAAAUUGAUACAUCAUUACCACAUAUACCAAUUUACGCUCAUUUGAAUGUUUCAUAA